AGUUGUAGCCGCUGUCUUGGCGUUGUAGGUUGCGUGUAUUACGAAACCACUCGAAGCAACAGUUGUAAUGUAAAACCUUACGCAUAGGUUUUAUCAUUAAGUGUGUGUGUGUGUGUGUGAUUCAGUGUCCAAUUCAAACCAUUUAUUCGUUUUUUAGCGUGUUCUGUGCAUUUAGUAUAGUUUAAAAAUCGUAUAAAAUACAUGUUUUCAUGAUUAAUAAUGGAUUGGAAAACGUCCAUGUGGACUGUUUUUGUGGUUAUAUGUGGUUUGCUAGGAGUGACAGUGGGAUAUCCUGUUCCAGACCAUUAUGGAUGCGUUCUUCGUGAAAACGCCGGCAAAGAGCAGACCAUCGGGCUCGCUAGGCUAACUGAAUUGUUUGGUGAAACGCUUGAGACUGAAUCUAAUAAUAAAAAAUUCUAUGUAUCAAUUUGUCGAGGGAUUCCUCUAAAUGGUUCAAAAUCAAUAGCAGGUGCUGUUCAAUUUAAUGCUGAAGGAGAACAAGUAAUUUUGGGACAAAUUAUUCAUGCUGAUGUAGUUAUAAAUGAACAUACUGUUGUUCUUACUUAUAUCAAUGGAGAUAUUAAUACUAAUCCAAAUGAUAUCUGUAAAGGUAAUAGAUGGAAAACAUACUUAACUUUCAUUUGCAAUCCAUAUACAAAAAAUGACACUUUACUGUUGAUGGAUGAAGAUCCUGAUCAACCUGAAAUUUGUCAAGUAGUUUUUAAUAUAAUAACAUCAAAAAUUUGCUCACAAAAUCUUAAGGUGCUAUUCGGCAUUAUUCCCUCGCAUUAUAAAAGUUCAAAAAUUGAGGUAAAUCCUUACAAAAAUGAAAAUAAUGAUAACUAUUCUGAACAUACCAACAAAAACUCGCAGAGCAUUCAUGGAAAUGAAAUUAAUCAAUGGCAUGAAAAAAUGAGUGAAAAGUAUGAUAAAGAUUUAGAUAAUAAUAAGCAUGGAUCAAAUAGUAAAAAAUCAACACACAUGUAUAUAAUUGAAAAUAAUACUAAAAUUACUGAAAAUUUGUUUAAUAAUUAUGAAAACAGUACUCAAAGUUUUAAUUACAUCUAUGAUCAUUCUGUAAUACAAAAAAAUGAGAAUAAAAAUAAAAACAAUACUAAUAAGGUAUUUUCUGAUUAUGUUAAGUAUUAUGAAGGCGUUAAAAAUGAACCAAAUAAUCAUGAAUAUAAAAGUACUGAUGAUCAAAUACAUAACAUGAGCAACUUUAGUGACCAACAUCAUAAUCAAAAAAUAAAUACUUUAAAUAGGUUUGAAUUAGAUCACCAUGAUCUUGAAAAUCUACAUAAUAUUGAUUAUAACAAUGUAAACUCUAAAAGCAUAAACAAUAAUAAUACAUUGUAUUGGUAUAAAAACAUUAAUUAUACUAAAAAUGUUGAUUUUGUUAAUUAUCAAAAAAAUAUUAAAACUGAGCCAGGUUAUCAUAAGCUUGAAAAUAAUAACAAAGAUUCAGGAAGAUACCAAAAAAAUGAGCCUAAUGGUUAUGAGAAUAAUCAUUACAAUAUUCAGAAUAAUAAUGACAACAAUCACAGAAUUGUUGAUAAUGGAUCAUUCUACCGGUUUAUUAAUAAUACUGAAAUUAAAUAUGAUAGGUAUAACAAAUACAGUUUUAAUGAACCAUACCAUAUUAAUUAUGAAAACAUAAGUAAUAAUUCUGAAGUCACUAUAGAAAAUUCACAGAAUAUUCAUGAUUAUGGAAACAGACAGAAGAAUAAUGAAAAUUAUACAAGCGAUUAUGAAGAAUAUCAAAACAAAAAUAAUCAGCUAAAUAAAAAUGGUCAUGAAGUAUAUAACAAUAAUUGGUACAAAAAUAUUAAUUACAUUGAAAAUUCUACAUAUGAACCAAGUGGGUCUGAGAAUAAUGGUAACAUGACUGACUAUUUUCAAAAAAAUACUUCAAUCACUAAUGAAAAUGAAAAGAAUACUCCAGAACAUGUAAAAAACGGUGAAAACAUUAAUAUUAAGUCUCAUGAAAAUAGUGUAAGGACGCCUAAUAAUAGAGAAUUUGAUAUUCAUAAUUCUUACCAACCUAACAAAAAUUUGCCAAAUAUUCACGAAAAUGAAAUCAAACAAUGGUAUAAUAAGAACAAUGAAAAUAUUAAUAAUGAUAAAUAUCAAAAGAAAAAUCAUGGUAAGUCUGAAAAUUCAUUUGAAAACUCACAGAAAAAUGAUGAUGAUGAAAUAUUAAAUUUGUAUAAGAUUAAUAAUCACACUAAAAAUAAUUAUAUUGAGUAUAAUGAGAAAAUAAAAAUGGAAUCAAAUCUACAAGAAUAUGAAUAUAAAAAACCAGAACAUCACAAUGAAAAUCUGCCAAAAAUUUAUAUAAAUGACUUUAAUAAUCAUGGUUAUAAUAAAACUAACGAACAUUAUAAUCUUUUGAGACAUCAUGAAAAUAGAACUAAUAUGCUAAAUAGUAAUAAAAAAAACUAUUAUAUUCAUAAAUCAGAUCAAUCUAAUGACAAAAACUCAUCAGAUAUCCAUAAUAUUGGGAGCAAUCAACAACAUGAUAAAAACAUUAAACAUUUAGACUUUGAAAAAUAUCAAGAGAAUAAGCAAAACAAUAUAAGUCACUAUGAUCAUGAAAAUCAUACUUAUAUUGAAUAUAAUAAUGAAAACUUUCAUGGUAAUGAUAAUGAUUCAUUGUAUUGGACUUCUAACAACACUGAAAUUGAUUACAUUAAAUAUUACCAAAACAGUUUAAAUAAUGAUCACGAAUACAUUAUUAAUAAUUCUAAAAUUCAUCCUGUAGAUUCUCAGGAAAUUUCUGACAAUGAAAAAAAUCAGUUGCAUGAAAAAAACUAUGAAAAACAUCAAGAAAUAAGUCAAUAUGAUUUUGAUCGUGAAAAUAAUCCUCGCAAACCAGAAUAUUCCAAUGAAAAUUUUCACAGCAUUCAUGGAAAUAUAACAAGCACUGCCAACCAUAAACAAAUCUAUAACAAAAUUCACAAAAAUCAAAGUGACCAAUUGACUUCCCAAAAAUAUAACAUUCCUAUGGAAACUUGGGUAAACAAUACUUAUAUUAAACACAAAAUUGAUGAAGAAAACAAAAAACCAGUUAGUAUCAAUCAAACCAACAGUGUGCCUUUUUUAACAAACGAGAAUGAAAAGAAACUCCCUUCAGAAAAUCAUAAAAAUAAAGACAACCAAAAGUAUAAUAAUACAAUACCAACAUCAAUACAAAAUGGAGACAAUCAAUCUAAUUUUACGAAUAGAAUUGAUCAAAAGAAUAAUAAAAAUUACUUUCCAAACGAGUUGGAUUUCAACUCAACUACUUAUAAUUUUAAAUCAAAAGAAAUUAAUAAAAAUGUCACUCUUUUAAUUGAUUACAAUAAAGAAAGUAACCAUACUUCAAAUGUGACUAAUAUGAAUUCUAAUUUGAUCUUGGAUAAUUUGCAUUUGAAUCAUUCUGUUUCUAACUCAAACUGUUCAACUUAUGGUUGUGACAACAGCCAACAAAAAUUUCCAGAUGAAACAAAUGAAAAAUUGGAAAAUAAUGAAAAUGUUAAGCUCUCCUCCAACUCAUUUGGUAAAAAUGGACAGAAUUACAAUCAUAAUAAUGAAAUAUGGGAAAGUUUAAAAAUGAACACUAUGAAAAAUAUUACAAAAUCUGGAACUUUUCCUUCGAACUUAUUUUCCAAUACUUUUAUAUCAGUAGUAGGAGCAAUAAUUAUAUUGCCUGUAGCAUACUUUAGUGUAGGCACUGGAAUUAAUAGAUAUUUUCGUGGUAUUAAUGGUGUUAAUCAAGUUCCUCACUUUGAAUCUAUACAAGGUUUCUUUACUUCUUUUAAAAGAAAAAAUCAUAAUUCCGGUGAUAGUGAUCAAGGUAAUGCAGAUGAAAAAACUCCACUAUUAAAUUCAAAAGAUAAUCAUGGAUCACAUGAUUCAGAACAUGAAAGUUAUCAAAAGAGUCAUAAUAGUAAAAAUGGCGAAAAUAAUAAACGCAAAAAUGAAAAACACUAUGGUAGUUACCAAACCGAAAAAUUACAAAACAUAACACUCGAAAAAGAAAUCAAAAAAGAUGAACGUCAGGAAAAGAAAAGAAAAAAACGGAAUGAUAAAAAUAUUAAUAAAUCAUCCGACGAAUCUGUCAUAAAAAAACCUAAUCUGAAACAAGAACCAAACAAAGAUAAAAACACAAUGCAGACCUACAGGAGUAAUGACAACUCUGAAAUAGAUAUUACAGACUAUAUUGAAGACGCGUCUGUAGAUAGUCAAAAAUCCGAUGUUAAAGUAGAUGAAGAUAUAAUUGAAGAGCCAACUGAUGUAAUUAUUAAGUCUAAUGUUACAAUUGAAACAGCUGCCCCUACAGAUAAAAUCGACGAAAUUGACGACAACAAUGAUAAACGUGAACUUAUUCAGUCAGAAAACAACGCUGAGCAAAAUGACCCAAAACAUAAACACCAAGAUCACAGUUCCGAUAAAUAUUUAGAAGGCGCGUCAUUAGAUAGUCAAAAAUCCGUUGUUAAAACAGUUGGGGAUAUAAUUGAAGAACCAACUGAUGUAAAUAUUAAGUCUAGUGUUACAAUGGACACAGCUGCCCCUACUGAAAAGAUUAAUAAUAAACUUGAACUUAAUCAGUCAGCAAACAACGCUGAGCAAAAUGACCCAAAACAUAAACACAAAGCUGGAGGUUUACAUUUUGGUUUUGGUCAUGGUGAUUUAAACAUUAAACUAGGUGACAAAAAACUGGGCUUUGGCACACACGGUUUGAGUGUUCAAAAGUCUACCGAUGAAGACGACAAUGUAAUAGAUAUUGGUAUCGACCAGUCUGGAUUGAAAAUAAAACACCAAGAUCACAGUUCCGAUAAAUAUUUAGAAGGCGCGUCAUUAGAUAGUCAAAAAUCCGUUGUUAAAACAGUUGGGGAUAUAAUUGAAAAACCAACUGAUGUAAAUAUUAAGUCUAGUGUUACAAUGGACACAGCUGCCCCUACUGAAAAGAUUAAUAAUAAACUUGAACUUAAUCAGUCAGCAAACAACGCUGAGCAAAAUGACCCAAAACAUAAACACAAAGCUGGAGGUUUACAUUUUGGUUUUGGUCAUGGUGAUUUAAACAUUAAACUAGGUGACAAAAAACUGGGCUUUGGCACACACGGUUUGAGUGUUCAAAAGUCUACCGAUGAAGACGACAAUGUAAUAGAUAUUGGUAUCGACCAGUCUGGAUUGAAAAUAAAACACCAAGAUCACAGUUCCGAUAAAGAUUUAAAAGGCGUAUCUGUAGAUAGUCAAAAAUCCGUUGUUAAAGCAGUUGGAGAUAUAAUUGAAGAGCCAACUGAUGUAAAUAUUAAGUCUAGUGUUACGGACACAGCUGCCCCUACUGAAAAGAUUAAUAAUAAACUUGAACUUAAUCAGUCAGGAAACAACGCUGAGCAAAAUGACCCAAAACAUAAACACAAAGCUGGAGGUUUACAUUUUGGUUUUGGUUCGUCAUCAUCCUUAGAUGCUGUUGGUGCUGUUCCUUUGGCUUAUAUUAAUGAAUUGGAGGAGAAUAUUGAUAAUCAAAUUUUUGUUACUGAACCUGUUGAUGACGUUAAUUUGAAAAAUAAAUAUUUAUCUCCUAAGGAAGGUAAGGGUAAUAUUUUAUCAACUUUAAAUAUGAUCAAACGGUCGCUUUCCCGUUCUAAAUUAACUGAGGAUUUUGGGACUAUGUCGCCACCUAAGUUGAAAUCUUUAUCUUCAAAUUCCUUAAAUAAACUUGCGGCGUUGAAACAUAUUGUUAAAUAUCGUUCCAAGCCUUCGAUACCUACAGUUGAAUACCAGUCAUCGAUUGACACUGUUUUAGGAUUCCUAGAGCAUGAACGUUUGGCAUCUCAUGUAAAAAAUGAUUUAAAAUCCACUUCUAGAGCUAGUAAUAUUUCAGAACAAAAUCCAACCAAGAAAAAGAAAAAGAAGAAUUUUAAAAUAAUGUUUGACAAUCAUCUUCAAUAAUAUCGAUCACAGAUAUAUCACCAUUUUGUUAGUUAUUAGUUAAUUUUUGUUUUAUGAUAUAAUUGUUUACUCUCAUUUCAUAUUUUUGUAUUUUGUUUAAUUUUUCCUUUUUUCUAUGAUUUUAACAUAAUUUUUUUUAAAUGUAUUCAAAAAUAAUUUUAUUUUUAAUAUUCAUUUGUAUUAAAUAUUGUGAUAGAGGAAACCAUUGGAUAUUUGUUUUACAAUUAAUU